AUGCUUCACCUCGUGCCUUAUAUUCUCGUCGCCUGGGUCGCUUAUGUGGUCGGCCUGGUAAUCUACCGGCUAUACCUGUCGCCGCUGGCCAAAUUCCCAGGGCCGAAGCUGGCGGCCGCGACGCUAUGGUAUGAAACUUAUCACGAUGCGUUCCGCUGGGGAAAGUACACAUUUGAGAUUGCGAAGAUGCAUGAGAAAUAUGGCCCCAUUGUCCGGAUUAGCCCGCAUGAACUGCACAUCAACGACCCCGAGUACUACGAGGUGCUUUACUCGCGCGAUAGCCCGCGCAACAAGUACGAGUACUUCACGAAGCAGUUCCCCGUCCCCGGCAGCUCAAUCGCGACCGUUGACCAUUACCACCACCGUGUCAUCCGCUCCAACAUGAACCCGUACUUUUCGAUCACCCGCGCGCGCAAACAGGAGCCGCUCGUCCAGGUUUUGGUCAACAAGCUUGUCGAGCGUCUGCAGGCAUACAAGGGCACACAAACACCGAUCAAUCUUCAACACCCGUUCACCUGCUUCGCGACGGAUGUUGUGUCAGACUACUCCAUGGGCGUGGGAUUCCACUACCUCGACUCGCCGGACUUUAUCCCCAACUGGAGCGACACCCUGGCCUGGAGUGUGAAGAACGGUGUAUUCCUCAAGGCGUUCCCGUGGUCGGGCGCGCUGCUCAACUCCAUGCCGCAAUGGCUGCUUUCCCGCGUCUACCCAGGCAUGGGUCUCGUCUUUCAGUUCCAGGACCGAUGCAACAAGAUCGUCCAGAGGAUCAUGGCUGAGCAGAAGGAGAAGGGAUAUGAACAGGUUAAAGACCAGUUCGACCACCCGACAUUCUUCCACGACGUUCUUAACAGCAACCUUCCUGAACACCUGAAGACUCCUGAUCGAUUGGCGCGCGAGGUUCAAGCAGUGAUUGGCGCUGGAUCGGAAACGACCGGCAAGAUGUUAACAUGGACGAUGUACUAUCUGCUCGAGAACCCGGAGAAGAUGGACGCUCUCAAGGAGGAGCUGAACCGGUUGGAUCCGGAUCAGACGGCGACUCUUGUGGACUUCGAGAAGAUGCCUUACUUGACUUCUGUCAUGCUCGAGGGACUUAGACUCUCCUACGGCUCCAGCUCACGUCUACAACGUAUCGCUCCCGAUCGCGACCUCAAGUUCAACGACUGGUCGAUCCCAGCCGGAACCCCCGUCGGCAUGACCAGUGCCUUGAUGCACCACAACGAAGAUAUCUUCCCUGACUCCCGGGAGUUCAUCCCCGAACGAUGGGUGGACCCCGAGAGGCGCAAGUACCUCGAGAAGUACAUGGUGUCCUUUACCAAGGGAUCGCGUCAGUGCGUCGGAAUGAAUUUGGCCAAAUCGGAGAUCCUCCUUUGCCUCCCGGCCGUCGUCCGCAAUGUAAACAUGGAGCUGUUCGAAACGACCCGCAAAGACGCGACUCUUGCCCAUGAUCUUUUCCUUGGCUUCGCGGAGGAGGGAAGUAAGGGUGUGCGUGUUCUGAUUCGGUAA